AUAUGUUGGCAGUUGUAACGUUGUUGGCAUUUAGAGAAAGGACGGAGUAGGCAAAUAUCAGGGAACCAGGACACAGUGCAGACCAGAACUCAACCAGGACCAGGACAACCGUAUAAUCAGGACAUCAUGGCUAGAAAUUUCGCAAAGAAGAAUAAAGCCCCCGUGGAUACGUCGAAUUAUUCAGCAGUAGGAAAGUUAGUGUACUGGGUGAACCCCCCUGUAUCUGCUGGAGUUCUGGUCGGAGUACUUGCAACCUUGAUCUCUCUCUCAUGGUUCUCAUCCAUCUCCCUUCUCUCAAACCUUCUCCUUCUCCUGGUCCUAGGAGGAGUAGGAUCCAAGAUCUAUGUUCAUCUAAUGGGAAUGCUGAAGAAACCAUGCAAGGACCCCCUGGCACAGCUGGCCGUAGUAGAUGUUUCAGUAAGCGAAGAAUGUGUCGCCGAAUUGUUAAAAUCGACAGCCGAAACAUUAAAUAAUACAACCAGUGAGUUGAGACGUCUGUUGCUGGCUGAGUCUUUGUAUGACUCCAUGAAGUUUGGUUUGGUUCUCUAUCUUCUCACCUUUGUCGGAGCCAUCUUUAAUACCCUAACUCUUGUUAUCAUUGGAUGUGUCUUUGCAUUCAUUCUUCCUAAGAUCUGUGAGGAUAAUCAGGAUAGUGUGGACGAUAUCGUCUGAAAAAUC